CUUCCUUAGCUGUAUAGCAUGAGAGGGAAUGGAUGAACAUUCUAUUUCCCAUCACAUAUAUCUCAUCUCUCUGUAUUAAGCCGCCGGCCUUGAGAGGGAGAUGACAAAAGAGGAUGUUUCAGUGCCCGUGGAAGGAGAUUCUACACUGGGUUCCCGCAAUAGAGUUUCUCCUCAUCAGCGGCCAGUCAUCCACCAGGUUUCCUCUGCACCCAUGCCCAACGACUGUGAAUUCUCCUUUUUCGACCCAAACGAGCCACAAUGCAAGGAGGUUCUGCAAGAUCCCAGCACCACCAUACCGGAAUUGUUUGCUGUUCUUCGGCAAUGGGUUCCCCAGGUUCAGAAAAACAUCGACCUGAUUGGCAACGAGAUCAUCAAGAGAGGCUGUGGUGUAAAUGAUCGAGAUGGUCUGACAGACAUGAGCCUUCUGCACUACUGCUGCAAGGCAGGGGCCCCAGGCAUUGGUGAUGCAUAUAUAGCAGCUGGUUUUGCCCGCCACCUUCUGGCCCUGGGUGCAGAUCCUAAUCUUCGCUCCCGCUGGACAAACAUGAGGGCUCUGCAUUAUGCUGCUUACUUUGAUGUGCCCCAGCUUAUUCGGGUGGUACUACAGGCGUCUCAGCCUGGAGAUGUAGAUGCGACCUGCAGUGACUUUGACUUUGGCACCGCCUUGCACAUUGCAGCAUCCAACCUGUGUACAUCAGCUGUCACAUGCCUUUUGGAGCUAGGAGCUAAUCCUGCUUUCAAGGACGAUAAAGGCCAGUACCCAGUUGAUGUCGUUCCUGACCCGCUCAACAUGCCCUUGGAGAUGGCGGAUGCUGCCACCUCGGCCAAAGAGCUCAGCACUUUACUCAGACAGGCAUUGCCACAGCCCAGUUUCUUGUCAUGUACAUUGCAAGUCCAGCCCCCUCCUCUUCAUGAAAAGGCCAGGACACAGCUUGCUUCCAUGGGAAUCCGACUCGGUGACCGUGUGACGAUAGCUGGAAAGAAGGUUGGAACCCUGCGAUUUUGCGGUAGCACAGAGUUCUCUGAAGGGCUUUGGGCUGGAGUGGAGCUGGACAAACCAGAGGGGAAGAAUGAUGGUUCUGUAGCAGGCGUCCAGUAUUUUACCUGUCAAAUCAAAUAUGGAGUAUUUGCUCCUCUCUCCAAGAUAAGCAAACCUGCGGAAAGAUGUAAAACAAGUACCAGCAAAGACUCCACACCUGUACGCCUCCAUCGUCGCAUUCCUUCCAAGAUUAACACAGCGAUGGGCACUGUCUCCCAAUCACUGUCUUCCUCAUCAUCCUCGCUUGAUUCCCGUCAUGGACGACGUAUGCGACCACAUGCCAAGAAGCGUCUUUCUGCCAGGCAGCAAUGGGAACAUGUUUCUCAGAGUCCCCGUACCACACCGUCCCCAAGCCUCCGUGCUUCUCCUGGCGUGGCUGCAACAGGAAGUCUUCGUAGCCGAACCCCCUCUGCUAGUAGCUCUGUGUGCAGGGGCUCUAAUGUGCACCUGGGGGACAGAGUGCUGGUCGUUGGCCAGAGGACCGGCAUAGUCCAUUACGGUGGGAAGACGAGCUUUGCUCCAGGGUUCUGGUUUGGAAUUGCACUUGACACACCCAGUGGGAAAAACGAUGGCUCAGUGGGUGGAGUGAGAUACUUUAGCUGCCCACCAAGACACGGAGUAUUUGCUCCUCCAUCUCGUGUUCAAAGGAUUCAUGGAUCUGUUGAUUGCCUCUCAGAGCUGUCCUCAUCGCAUCUCAAUCGUCCUUUCAGCGGGGCGAUCCGUCGCAGUUUAAGCACAUCAUCCACCAUUGCUGCACCGAAGGAAACAAGCAAAAGAAACCCUGUUACCAGGAGUCGUUCCAACCCUCAUCGCCGACGCUGGAACACCCUGAGUAGCGGCAGCAGCAGCGUCACGGCCAGUACUGCAGGGACCGUCUACAGUUCUGACAGCCAGGUCCGCCUUCAUGUGGGCAUGCAGGUCCUGUUGAACAGUGCCAAUGAGAUGGCCUCCAUCCGUUACUUGGGCACGGCUGACUUUGCCCCCGGUCAAUGGCUGGGUCUAGAGCUCCGAAGCCCCAAGGGAAAGAAUGACGGCUCUGUUGGCGGGCGCCGCUACUUCACCUGCCGCCCUGGCCACGGCGUGCUUGUCCGUCCGAGCCGUGUCACCUAUCGUGGCAUCAACGGUUCCCGUCUGGUGGAUGAAAACAGUUGAGAAAAUUAAUUUUUCCAGCACUACUCCAGGUACACGUACAGUGACAUCUGCUGUUUAAGCAAACGAUAAGUUGUCCAUUUAUCGAUGCUCGAUUUUUCCUUUUGCACUGCUUUUAUGUGGAAUAUGUGGGUUUAAACAGAGACAUAAAUAAUGCACUCAAUUCAAUUCCCUUUUGAAUACACAACAGCAGUAAGUGGUCGAGGGAAUAAGAGACAAAGGAUUGCACUACUUUUAAUAAUUAGAACAUACUAUAUUUAGCAGUUUUGAACUAAAGAUAACUGUAGGAUGAUAUAAGUACAUUCCCCUAACAAGAAGUGUAUAGAUACAAGAGGGUAAUUCGAUUAUUUUUUCCCACGGCUGUUAUGUUUUACACAUAAUUGGUGGGUGUGAAGUCAAUCGAUUCCUCCACUCCAAUAACGUCAGACCAACAAAAUAUAUCAACAUUGUGUUCAUUGUUCAACCUGUCAAACAACGAUAACAACGACCGAGCUGGCAGAGCUUUUGCUUUUGUUCUCUGCACUCCGUCUUUGAUUACUAAAAUAGAAUCUCACAUUUUGUUUGGAAAUUUCACUUUCAAAUUCAACCAGCUAACAUGUAACAUUUCUUUAAAUGAUGCAUAUUUUUACACGUCAUUUCUUUAUGUACAAUAACAUAUUUUUAUACAAUUACAUAUUACACUACCAAGGGCGGCACGGUGGUCGAGUGGUUAGCACGCAGACCUCACAGCUAGGAGACCAGGGUUCAAUUCCACCCUCGGCCAUCUCUGUGUGGAGUUUGCAUGUUCUCCCCGUGCAUGCGUGCACUCCAAAUUGUCCAUCGGUAUGAAUGUGAGUGUGAAUGGUUGUUUGUCUAUAUGUUGCUCUGUGGUUGGCUGGCGACCAGCCAAGGGUGUACCCCGCCUCUCGCCCAAAGACAGCUGGGAUAGGCUCCAGCGACCCUCGUGAGGAAAAGCUGUAGAAAAUGAAUGAAUGAAUUACACUACCAGUCCAGAAAAAAAAGAAGAUACCCAAUUUGGAAAUGCUUGCGUGCAUUUCAUUAGACCACGGUUGGGCAAACUGCAGCCCGCGGGCCACAUUAGGCCCACUAAGCAUCUUAAUCCGGCCUACCGGGCAAUUCCAAACUUUUUAAACCUUUAAGAGCGAAAAUGUAGCCAGCAACAUGACUUGCAGCGCUAUUGUGGCACGCUUGAGUUGCCAGAAGGGUUGGAAGCAAUCUGUAGCUUGUACAAAAAAAGCAAUCCAAAACACACAUAGGAGUUAACAUACGCUUGAUAGCCAGUGUUUUAUUGUUCAUAAUUCUUAUUAAUGUUGCAGCUGGACUACCCAACAUGCCUUGCGGGCAUUCUGAAAUAGAUGUCACGCGAGUCAAAAUGUUUUCCCACCCUGCAAUAGACAAUACCAAUAUGUUAGCACCGAAUGAGGCAUAACUGUAUUAGAUAAGUCAAACAGCUUGUGAAGAAACACUUAAUCGUUAAGUUUUGAAGUUGAACAGGGUACUUUCCUCUUUUAUUAGAGCUGUCAGGGUAUAUUUGCAGAGAACAAGUGGUCCAUUGUGUGUGUGCAACAGAUCGUCUAUUUAGUAAAACGCUCAUGUAUCAUCCAAUUAGGAUGUGUAGGCCACAAUAGUAGCAAGAGAAUCUUCAGCUGUGUUCUGCCAUUAAUCUGUCUGGUCUGGCUCACUGCAAUUCAAAACAAUUGGGCUUCAAAACCAAUGAUUGGCCGACUCAUCUUUUACAUGUUUUUUUUUUUUAAAGCAUAUUAAAAUUCUACAAAUGAGGCACAUUCUUACCUAAAGAUGCAAGAGCUUCAUGUGUAAAAAUAAGUGCAAACAUCUUCAAUUUCAAGAAGGCACAUACAGUAAUACAUUGCUUGUAUUGAUCCAUGAAAGGUCCAUUUAAUAUUUCUUUUGAAGCAACAAAGUUGUGUACUGCUACAAAUCGAAUUAAUUAAAGCAAGCAUUUAUUUGACUGUAGUCUAUACUACAUAAUCAACUGCUUUACUUAAAUAAUUCCAUCUCCAAUAGUUAUGACAGUUGCCAUUUUGUUUUGUUGAGGUUUUAAUGUUUGAUGGAAGCAUGAAUGCAUUGAAGCACUGUUUGAUAUCAAUUUACAAAAUAAUAUUUGCAAAAAAGUGAAAUAAAGCCAACAAUAACGUCAAUGAUUCUUUGACUCUGGCUUUGUCAUGAACUAUGUUGCCAUAUAAUUAACAUUA